AACUACUAGAAUCAACUAUAAAAAAUGAAAGAAAAAAGUCAGAGAUGAGCCAGUUGAGUUAAAUGUAGUAUUUUCCUGUCAAUCUACUGCGCUACAUGCCACAGUCCAGUAGAUGUCGGCAAUGCGCUACUAAGUUGGUGCCCAACCGCAAUGAAAACGCAAGGAAAAAGUGGGCGAAGAAGAAAAAGACGAUAUCCGCCGUAUGGAUGCGUCUCUCUGGCUGCCAUAUUGCAGCGGUUCUGAGCAGUUUAAAUACUAUAAAAUGCCAGAUUUUUGUGCUGCUUUUGGAUGUAGUAAUGAAAGAAACACCAAAACCAAGGAGCAGGGAAUAACAUUUCACAGGUUCCCAAAAGAUCACGUCAAAAGACAGACGUGGACAUUAGCACUGAGGAGAAGGGACUUCGUGCCCAAUGACCGCUCCGUUGUCUGCAGCAGUCAUUUCAAGGCAGAAGACUUUGACAGAACUGGACAGACUACUCGUUUAAGGGAAGGAGUUGUCCCCUCAGUUUUUGUAUUCUCAGACCAACUUUACAAAGUGCCUAGUACGCCCAGGCUAAGCAAGACCUCACAAAAAGCUGCUUCAGAGUGUCCAGAUGUUCAUGUUCAGCCAUCAGAGGACCUUCAGCAGUCAGCCUCAGAUCAUCAAUAUGCCCUUGACCCAGUUAAAGUAAAAAAGAAGUUAACAGAGGCUCAGGAAAUGGUGGAGGAGUUGCAACGGGACUUAAGAAAUGCCAAGGAUCGGGAAAGAAGACAUAAGAGGACAAUGAAAUCCCUGAUAGAGGAUUUAAAGCGCCGAAAUAUGCUGACAGAGGAGCUGCAGCAGAAGCUUGACUUCUAUUCUGUACUGUAAUAAUAAAGGAAGGAACAUGUUGCAGGCAUAGAGUUCCAUCAUCAGUCCUGCCCAAAUGGUGACGUGGAGCUACAUGCACAGGCUAGAAGAUGCACAAAAAGAAGAUCUGACUGCUGCCAACAGGAUCACAAGAAAGCACAUAAUCUUCAGCUCUCAGAAAAUGAAGGUACCCCAGGCAGCACAGACAUUAAAUCAGUCUGUGGGAAAGACUCUGUACAUGCUUGAGGAUUUCUGGAUAUCAUCAGUUCAGAUUGCUCUCCGAAUUUAUUCUGAAGUGAAGUGUAUUAAAGUUUUACUUUCCAAUAUUGUGUAAAUGUAUUAUACAGUGUAAGGAAAUAGGGCUGCAACAGUUUGUUGAUUUAUCGCUUAGUCGAUCAACAGAAAAUUAAUUGGCAACAAUUGUUAUUAAUUGAGUAUAAGCAGAAACUAAGCAUUUUCUGUUCCCUGCUUCUCAAAAUGUGAGAAUGUUUUUUAAGUUUAUAUCAUCACUAUAAGACUGAAUGGUCUGUAAACUGAUUUUUUUUUUCCUGACAUUUUAGGCUACGAGAUUCAGUUUGUUAUUAAAAUAAACAAUAGAUUGAUCAGUAAUGAAAAGAACUGAUAGAUGCAGCCCUAUGAGAAACUCUACCAAACUGUUUUUAGUCUAUUAUAAACACGAUAUUUCUAUGUAAAUUGUUUGGCAAUGAAUAGACAUGUUAGUUGUGUUUCAUUGUGUGUAUAAUGUCAUUGUUCACCAGCUUUAAAGCAUUUUUUUUUUAACUGAACUAAGUUGUUUUAUGUCAAAAAACAACAGAGACCCUUAUGCCAGAGGCUUUAAGGUACCCCCACCCUCUUUAUGUCUGUUUGUGUAUCCCGCCACGUCUUACAUGAACUGCCACUGUUUAAAGUGUGUUUAGUUUUUUCCUAGAAGAGUGAGACUGGACUCGGUUGUGACCUGUAAUAGACGAGGUUAAUCACAAUUGUCCAGAUAGUAGCACUAAAACAUCCGAGUCGGACAUCUUUAAAAGGAGCCCAGUGUUGUAAUGCAAAUAAGUACAUUUACUCAAGUACUGUAGCCUACUGUACACAUUUUAGGUACUCAAGUAUUUCUAUUUUGAUCUAAUUAAUUCUUCUAUCAACUACAUUUCAGAAGGUUUCUUGUUUUUUUUGUUUGGUACAUUCAUCUGACUGUUGUAGUCUAUGUUUCUAGAUUUUUUUCAUUACUGCAGUCUAAAUGAGAGGUUAGCCCACAUAUACAUUAUUCCAUAAAUCAGCAACUUUUGGAGCUAAAACCCAAAAGAGGAAAAUUAGUAGGCUACUACUAGGUAAUAAUGGAAAAAUUGUAAUGAUAAACAUUAAAUAAAUUUAGUGCAUGCAACUUUAGUUUAGUGCAUGUUUUCCAACUACCCAUGCCCUACCCACUGCUGAAUACCUGGAUCAUGUUUAUUCAAUCAGAAGAUGGAAAAUACCAUCUUAGAU